AUGAGGGACGAAAUGAAAUCCGAAAAAUUGGACGAGGAGCGAGAUCGAUGGGUCGAUUCUCUCGAUGAUGGUGAAAUCUGUCGCCUGGCUUCCUCUUUCCACCACGGAGACCCAUGCACCAUCUUUCGUCCGCGCAAGCGUGGCGGUUUCAACGUCUGUUUUUUUAUUGAGUUCGAGUCCACAUCAGAACGAUGGGUGGUCCGGAUCCCAAUCCCCGUCAUGGUACCCAAGGCCGUCCUGGACGAAAAGACUGAGAUUGAAUUGGCGACUAUGCGAUAUGUGUCGGCCAAAACUACAAUUCCCAUCCCAAGAGUACAUGCCUACGCCUUCUCUGACACAGGACUGAAUGGGCUGCCCUUUAUCAUUAUGGACUACAUUGACGGCCAGAAUCUCAAAGCCCUAGGGUUCGGGGGAAAGGAUAGUAGCCACACCUUCGGCGAGAUUGGCCGAUUGGAAGGGCCUCAGACUCCCACUGCGAACCCAGAAGAAAUCGGUGUGUACCAACGGCCGCUCUCAGUCGAGAUCUCGGACCAAGAGCUCGAUGGCCUAGAGCCUGCCGAAGUCUUCCCGCCCAAGCGAACCUUCUCCACGGCCAGGGAAUUUGUGAAUGGCCUCCUAUGGCUAGCAAACAACAAGCUUGAGAAGGAACGCGACCAAGCACUGGACGAUAGGGCACCUGACUCUGUUUUAUAUGCCGCUCACCAUUUUAAGCAAUUUAUUCAAGACGAAUGGUUGGAUCAGUCAGCCAAUAAAGGACCAUUCGUCCUGGCACUUGGCUACGUUGCGUACUUGUUAGUACACGGAGACAUGGAUAUAGUCAUAGGAAAUGUCCUGUUUGACCAAGACUACAAACUCGUUGGCGUCCUGGACUGGGAAUGGAGCCGGGUGGUGCCAGGCCAGCUCAUGAUGCCCCCUAUAUGGCUCAAUGCCGGCAAUAUAGAAUUUGUGAUGCUUGCCAAACAUGCGUAUUGCACACAAGUCGCUUACCUCCGUCAAGCCGUCCAGGAACGGGAGAAAGCACUAGGUCUUCCUCCACUCCUAUCGACCCAGUGGGCCGCCUCUGGAGACGUGGCUCGUCCGAAUCAAUUUGACUCUCUAACAAGUAUUAACGUAAUUGCCUCAUUGCUCGCCAUGGGAGACAUGGAAGGGUCGGAGCUUGGAAGCUUGGUCAUGGACAAAUACAACAUUGUUGGCGACGUCGGGGCGGCGAUCCACCUCUCCCCCAACGUCACCCGCAUCCUGCCGCGCUGGGGCAUCAAGACCGAGAACCUGGAACCAAGCUUGAUGUCUCGCUAUGUUGAACGCACCAAGGGCGGCGAUGUGAUCAAAGACGUUGAUCUCACCGUCCCCAACGCACGCUGGGGCUACCCCCGGCAGAUGGUUCACCGCCCUGCUCUUCACCGGGAACUAAAGAGAGUUGCCACAUCAGCGGAGGGUGUUGGGGAGCCCGUGGAGUUCCUCCCAAAACACCGUGUUGUCGACGUCAAGCCACAUGUGGGGGUUCAUAUGGACUCCGGUGUACUGGUAUCGGCUGAUGUGUUCAUCGGGGCCGACGGCAUUAAAUCAAAAACGAGAGAGGCCAUCAAGCAAACGGAGCUGUUCCGCACCGGCAAAGCAGCCUUCCGGUUCCUUAUUCCCUCAUGCCUAGUCGAAUUCAGUCCCGAGACAGAAUCACUAGGCAACCAGAAAGACACACUCACCACCUGGUUCGCAGACGACAGGCGGAUCGUCAUGUAUCCGUGCCAAAACAACGAGUGGUUGAACUUUGUCUGCAUCUACCCCGACCCAGUCUCAGAAACACUCCCCAACCACGACUGGGGCAGGGCUGCUACACGCGAGGAGGUGCUCAACGCGUUCAGCGACUUCGACGAGCGGCUGCUGACCCUCUUCCGCAAAGCCGACAAGACCACAAUAAAAGCCUGGCAGCUCCUCGACAUGGAGACCCUCCCCACCUGGACAUCGUCGAAACUCGCCCUCAUGGGCGACGCAGCACACCCCUGCCUACCCUACCAAGCACAAGGCGGCGCCCAAGCCAUAGAGGAUGCCGCCGCCCUCGCCGCCGUCCUGCCCAUGGGCACCGAGCCCCACGAGGUGCCCGAGCGCCUCAAGCUGUACGAGGCCAUCCGCUCCGAGCGAGCGGGCCGCAUACAGGAGUACUCGCGGCUGACGGGCAAGGAUUGGGUGAAUGGGGCGCCCGUGUAUGAUAUGCGGGCGUUUGAGGAGUACAACUUCAACCACGACGAGAUGUCCAACUCGGCUUCUGCCUUUAAGACCUGGCUUGAUGCCAAGUUGACGUCGAUGGCAGACGAUGAGUUGUUGGAGCAGCCUUGGGAACAGGCUGUGGAGCGGCCCUUGGGGCAAACCUUGGGAAAGCCUGUGGAGCAGGCCUUGGAACACGCCUUGGAGAAGCCCUUGGGCCAGACUUGGGAACAACCGCUGGAGAUUCUCGACUGA